AUGGGUUUCUUGAGGCAGCUCUACCUCCUCCUCUGGAAAAACAUCACAUACCGAAGGCGGAACAAGAUCCAGCUGUUCAUCGAGCUCAUCUGGCCUCUCUUCCUCUUCGUCAUCCUCAUCUCUGUUCGUCACUCGCACCCACCUUACAAACAAGGCCAAUGUCACUUCCCGAACAAAGCCUUGCCAUCGGUGGGCACCGUGCCCUGGAUUCAAAGCAUCAUCUGCAACAUCAACAACCCUUGCUUCCACAGCCCAACGCCGGGGGAAACGCCGGGCCAAGUGGGAAACUUUGACGACUCCAUACUGUCUCGUCUUUUCGUGGAUGCUCGGACGGUUCUGUCCUACAGCGGCAACCGGAGCUUGUCCACCUUCCAGGACCUGAUGGGAAGUGUCCGGCUCCUGGGAGAAAGAUUUGGAUCACUACCAAGUCUCCCAGUUAAAGAAUGCCUGAGACCCAACGAGACGUUCUCCAGCUUUCUCCUGACCAACGCCAGCCUGUCGUCUCCAACUGUGGACCAGCUGAUGAACGCUCGCCUAAACUUUCAGGCCGUAUUUACUGGAGUCCAGACGCCGCUGAAAGUCUUGGUGUGCAACGCAACGGUGCUGGGCCAGUUGCUGUCGGUGGACGGCGGAGCAGCCGACAUGGCGGCUCUUCAGACCGAGCUUUGUGAGCUUCCUGCUGAUGUCCUACGGGAUGCUGAGCGCCUUUUCCUCUCUCAGCUUGACGUGACCAAGUUCCUUACAAGGGACCGUCUCAUUGGCAGCACUGAGGAGCUCCGGCUCGUCAGUCAGGCCAUCACGUCCGUUUCCCAGGAGCUCGCUGUCCUUAUAGACGAUUUGUCGUCCCUUUCUAGUUUUGCAGAAAUGAACGCGGCCCUCAGUCUUCUGUCUCCUGAAAACCGCUCAGCUCUGCCCAGGGAGAGUUUCAGAGCUUUCUCAAGGAUCAUGUGCGGCCACCCCAAAGUCGGGGGCGAGCGCAUCCCGUCGCUCAACUGGUAUGAAGACAACAACAUCAAGUCGUUCCUCGGCAGAAACGGCACAGAGGACUUGGUCCUUGACAGCGACAACAAGACGACGCCUUUUUGCAGAAGUUUGAUCGCAAGUCUGGAGUCGAAUCCUCUGUCCCGGAUUGUGUGGCGAGGAAUCAAACCUCUGUUCAUCGGAAAACUGCUGUACACGCCGGACACCCCUGCAGUCCGACAAGUCAUGAAAGAGGUGAACAAAACAUUUGAAGACCUCCAGAUUCUUCAGGAUCUGAAUGAGGCCUGGAUGGAGGCGGGACCGCGAAUCAAGAACUACAUGGAGACCAGUGUGGAGAUUCAGCUGCUGCAGGAUUUGCUGAGGCGUCCUGAAAUUGCUGUUUUGGUCAACAUGCGUUUGGAAAACACCACCUGGACGGCCUCGCGGAUCGUUCGUUUCCUGUCCACGCCCUCAGCGGACGCCCCGAGGAAAGCCGGAGCUCCACCGACCUGGCUGGACGUCUACAAUAACAUUGGAAGCACCGUCGCCACUCUUGCACAAGUCACCAAGUGUUUUAGUUUGGACAAACUGGAGGGACUGGACACGGAGGGUCAGCUGAUUGAUAGAGCGCUGGAGCUGCUGGAGGACCGGCAGUUUUGGGCAGGUGUGGUCUUCCUGGUGCCCAACACGUCCUCAACGGAGCUCCCGCCCCACGUCACCUACAAGAUACGAAUGGACAUUGAUGACGUGACCCGGACCAGUAAGAUUAAGGACAGGUUUUGGGAUCCCGGUCCCGCUGCCGACCCGUUCAACGACAUGCGCUACAUUUGGGGCGGUUUUGUCUACAUUCAGGACCUGGUGGAGAGAGCCGUGAACUACGUUCUGACGGGAGUCAAACAGACCACCGGCAUCUACAUCCAGCAGAUGCCCUACCCCUGCUAUGUGGACGAUGUGUUCCUUCGAGUGCUCAACCGUUCCCUGCCUCUCUUCAUGACUCUGGCGUGGAUCUACUCGGUGGCCAUGAUCAUUAAGGGCGUGGUGUACGAGAAGGAGGCCAGGCUGAAGGAAACGAUGAGGAUCAUGGGUCUCAGCACAGGAACUCUGUGGCUCAGCUGGUUCAUCAGCAGCUUGGUGCCGUUCCUGAUUUCCGCCGUGCUUCUCAUUGGUCUGCUCAAGUGGGGCGACAUAUUGCCUUACAGCGAUCCGGCUGUGGUGUUUUUCUUCCUCAUGGCGUUUGCCACCGCCACCAUCAUGCAGUGUUUCCUCAUCAGCACCUUCUUCUCCAAGGCCAACCUGGCCGCUGCCUGUGGGGGGCUCAUCUACUUCAGCCUCUAUCUGCCCUACGUCCUGUGUGUAGCCUGGCGAGACCAUCUCACUACCACACACAGAGUCCUUGCUAGUUUCCUGUCUCCUGUGGCCUUUGGUUUUGGCUGUGAGUAUUUCUCUCAGUACGAGGAGCAAGGCGUGGGGAUCCAGUGGAACAACCUGCGGGCCAGCCCUGUGGAAGGAGACACGUACAGCUUCACCAUCUCCAUUAUUAUGCUUUACGCCGAUGCCGUUAUCUACGCCUUUUCAGCCUGGUACAUUGAAGCAGUGUUUCCUGGUCAGUAUGGCAUCCCCAGGCCUUGGUACUUCAUCUUUCAGCUCAACUACUGGGGCGGGAUUCCCUUAGAAAUAGGCAUGCCGAUCCCACCAGCACCUGCAGACCAAGACGAAGAUCACAUUGAAGCAGAACCCAGUAGUAUGAAUCUUGGCGUGAACAUCAGAAAUCUGGUGAAAAUCUACAAGAAGGGAGGGAAACUUGCGGUCAACCAUCUUAACAUGAAGUUUUUUGAGGGGCAGAUCACCUCCUUCCUUGGACACAACGGAGCCGGCAAAACCACCACCAUAUCCGUCCUAACCGGGCUCUUCCCUCCCACCUCUGGGACGGUGUACGUCAAGGGCAUGGACAUCCGCUACGACAUGGACAUCAUCAGGAAGACAUUGGGGGUGUGUCCACAGCACAAUGUCCUCUUUGACAUGCUGACAGUGGAGGAGCAUGUGUGGUUUUAUGGUUGUCUGAAGGGCCUGUCGGAGGAAAAAGUGAUGGCUGAGAUGAGCGGUUUGCUGGAGGACGUCGGCCUUUCACACAAACGGCAUGAACAGACCAAAAACCUCUCCGGUGGCAUGCAGAGAAAGCUGUCUGUCGCAAUCGCUUUUGUUGGAGGCUCCAAAGUGGUUGUCCUGGACGAGCCCACAGCUGGCGUCGACCCUUACUCCCGCAGAGGCAUCUGGGAUCUGUUGCUCAAAUAUCGCACAGAUCGAACCAUCAUCCUGUCCACCCACUACAUGGACGAGGCUGAGCUGCUGGGCGACCGCAUCGCCAUCAUCUCCAAGGGGAAGCUGUGCUGCUGCGGAUCGCCGCUCUUCCUCAAAUCCAAGCUGGGAUCUGGUUACUACCUGACUGUGGUGAAGAGGGAAGACGUCAGCACCAGCACGCCCAGUAAUUACAGCAUCUGCACCAGCGCCAGCUCCAACAAGCUCCCUGCUUUAGUAAAGGAUAGCGAGUCGUCGCUGAGUGAAGACACUGGACUGGGAAGUGAGGAGAUCAGUACCUACAUGGCAGCUUUGCUGGCCCUGGUGCAGCAGCACGUCCCCGAAGCGAGGUUAGUGGAGGACUCUAGAAGAGAAGCUGUGAUCAACCUGCCGCAAGCGGCCGCCAAGGAUGGCAGCCUGGCCGUCUUCCUCACCAAGCUGGACCAGAGGCUUCCAGAGCUGGGCAUCAGCAGCUACGGCCUGUCAGACAGCACGCUGGAGGAGAUCUUUCUCCGAGUUGCGGAGGAAACCGGAGUGGACGUCGAUCCGGCGUCGGAGCAGCCGGCGGAAGCGACCAGCGGCCUGCAGCCAUCGGUGCAAAAAGCCGAGCCUCCGGCCGCUGAAGAACCAGAGACAGGAAGGAAAAUGCCUCGUAAGAAAGAACCGCAGGAAACGGACCUGCUGAGUGGAGACGGGCGAGGUGGGGCGCCCCUCACAGGCUGGUGGCUGACGUGGCAGCAGCUCAGAGCUCUCUUCGUCAAACGCUGGCUUUACGCUCGGAGGAGCCGCAGAGGGCUCUUUGCUCAGAUUGUUUUGCCGGCCGUGUUUGUGCUGAUCGCUCUGCUCUUCAGCCUCAUCGUUCCUCCGUUCGGGAAGUACCCGGCCCUGGAGCUGCAGCCCUGGAUGUACGGAGAGCAGUUCACCUUCUUCAGCAACGAUGCUCCGGGGAACCGAGCCAUGGAGAACCUGCUGGAAGCCUUGCUGGACACGCCAGGUUUUGGCACCAAGUGCAUGGAGAGAGAGGAGGACGACAACAGAACGAGUCCUGGGUGUGAAGCUGAGAGGGGCGGCCGCUUCAUCCGGCCUCAGAUACCGUUCUCCACCUGGCAGAAGCUGAGCCGAGGGAACUGGAGCAGAGACAGGCCUUCGCCGGAGUGCCAGUGCAGCACGGAGGACACCCGCCGGAUGCUUCCUGAUUGCCCCGACGGCGCCGGCGGGAUUCCACCGCCGCAGAUGAAGAGAGCCACCGGAGAUAUUCUCCAGAAUCUCACAAUGUACAACAUCUCAGAUUACCUGGUCAAGACCUACUCGCAAAUCCUCAAGAAGAGCCUAAAAACCAAGAAGUGGGUGAACGAGUUCAGAUAUGGAGGCUUCUCUCUCGGAGGCAGCACCAACCAGAACAUAUCUCAGGUCCAGCAUCUCCAAGACUCGGUCAUGGCAAUCAGGACUCGUUACCAAGUCGAACAGAACAGCUCGCUGGAUCACUUGCUGAAGAAGCUGCCAGAGUUUCUGGGAGGAAUGUACAGUGAAAACAACGUCAAGGUGUGGUACAACAACAAGGGCUGGCACGCCAUGGUGUCGUUUGUCAACGUGAUGAAUAACGGCCUGCUGAGAGCGAGUCUGCCGCCGGGCCCAGAGAGGAGGAGACACGGCAUCACCGUUUAUAAUCACCCACUCAACCUCACCAAGGAGCAGCUUACAGAAAUAGCAAUGAUGACCACGUCAGUCGACGUUCUGGUUUCCAUCUGCGUCAUCUUCGCCAUGUCCUUCGUGCCGGCCAGUUUUGUCCUUUUCCUGAUUGAGGAGCGAGUCAGUAAAGCCAAACAUCUGCAGUUCGUCAGCGGGGUCAAACCAGUCCUCUACUGGCUGGCCAACUUCGUCUGGGACAUGUUGAACUAUUCUGUCCCGGCCAUGAUGGUUGUGCUGAUCUUCAUCAGUUUUCAGCAGCAGUCGUAUGUCUCUGAGACCAACCUGCCGGCUCUUAUCCUUCUGCUCCUCCUCUACGGGUGGUCCAUUACUCCUCUGAUGUACCCGGCGUCUUUUGUUUUCUCCGUACCGAGCACAGCCUACGUGGUCCUGACCUCCGUCAACCUCUUUAUCGGCAUCAACGGGAGCAUUGCCACCUUCGUCCUGGAGUUGUUUGUGGAUGAGCACCUGAACGAGGUCAACAGGAUCUUAAAGAAAGUGUUUCUGAUUUUCCCACAUUUCUGCUUGGGACGAGGUCUUAUCGACAUGGCUAAAAACCAAGCGUUGGCAGACGCCUUCCAGAGACUCGGAAGCAAACAGACUCUUGACCCUCUUCAGUGGGACUUUGUUGGGAAGAAUCUGUUUGCGAUGGCAGCUGAAGGCGUUAUCUUCUUCAUCUUCACCAUACUGCUGCAGUACAAGUUUUUCAUUUACUUCAGGCCGUGGUGGAACGAUCCUCGGCUUCCUCCUCUUGGACCAGAGGAUGAAGACGUGGCGAGAGAGCGCGAGAGAGUGAAAAGUGGCAAAGCUCAAUCUGAUAUCCUCACCAUGAUAGAUCUGAGCAAGGUUUAUAAAGCAGGAAAAAAGCCAGCUGUGGACCGACUUUGCCUCGGGAUUCCCCGCAGUGAGUGUUUCGGCCUGCUCGGGGUGAACGGAGCAGGGAAGACGUCCACAUUUCGCAUGCUGACUGGCGAUACGCCGAUCACACACGGGGAGGCUUUCCUCAGCCAGCACAGUGUGCUGACAGAGAUGGAGCGGGUCCACCAGCUGAUGGGUUACUGUCCGCAGUUUGAUGCCAUCAGUGAUCUGCUGACGGGUCGGGAACACCUGGAGCUCUACGCUCGCCUGAGGGGGGUGCCGGAGGAGUCUGUCACUAAGGUGGCGCAGUGGGGCGUGAGGAAGCUGGGGUUGACUCAGUACGCAGAGCAGGAGGCUGGAGGAUACAGCGGAGGCAACAAGAGGAAACUUUCCACAGCUAUCUCCCUCAUUGGGGCUCCGCCUGUUAUAUUUCUGGAUGAGCCAACCACUGGGAUGGACCCAAAAGCCAAAAGAUUUUUGUGGAACUGCAUCCUUAGUGUCACGAAAGAAGGCAGAGCCGUCGUACUCACCUCUCACAGUAUGGAAGAAUGCGAGGCUCUGUGCACCAGGAUGGCCAUCAUGGUGAACGGCAGAUUUCAGUGUUUGGGGUCCGUGCAGCACCUGAAGAACAGAUUUGGAGACGGAUACACCAUCAUCCUCCGUCUGGCGGACACCAAGUCGGACCCCGAGUCCUGUCCCGUCGACGCCUACAUGAGGACGUCCUUUCCCAUCAUCGAGCUGAAGGAGCGGCAUCAGAGCGUGCUGCAGUACCAGCUGCCAUCGCACGCCUGCUGCCUCGCCCGCGUCUUUGAUUUCCUGGCCAACAACUGCGAGGAGCUCGGCGUCGUGGACUUCUCCGUCUCGCAGACCACCCUGGAUCAGGUGUUUGUCAGCUUCGCGAAGGAGCAGACCGACGAUGACUGUCUCACCGACGUGGUCAUUGGUAACGGCGCAGCUCAGCUAAACCUUCCCAGAACCAGAGCCAAUCCUCCCGCCGCCCAUCCCCAGCCACCCGCAGCACCUCCCCAGCAGAGGAAAUCCCCGCAGCUACCCGCCAAAGCGCCCGAGGGCAACCCGAAGGGAAGCAAGCCGAAAAAAGCCAAAGCCAGAAAGGUCAGUUCUAACGGCGAGACGAGCGGCAGCGUGCCCAUGAGCAGAUUAGCUCAGGCCGAGGAGCAGGGCCCCGAGUCGGGCAGCAGUAACGGCGUCGUUCAGAGGGAGUCCAGCAGACCGCACAGGUCAAAACACGCAGAGGAGAGCUCCAGCAAAGAUCCCGCGGCGCUCUUUAUAGUCGGCGCCAGUUCACAGGAAAGCUCGCUGUGACGCGGACCAAAGGCAGACGGGAACAUUUUUACUUCCUAUUUAUUUGUCUGAAUGCUGCAGAGUUCACAGCGACGUGACGCAAACUCUCCGGAGUCUGUCUGUCAGAAGUGAGCAGUGCUCUUCCUUUUAACGGCUGCGGUGCCUUGUUCACCUUGUCAUAUCUUUGUAGCUUUAAACCGGUUAUAAAAAACAAAAAAACCCUGACAGUAUCUGUUUCUCGUUCUGCUCAUCCUGAAAGGAAUACUAGGAAUACUAUGCAGCGCUGAGUGACGAAACGGUGAGUUUGUUUCUCAGGUCUUCAUUUUUUCUUUCUUUCCAGAGAGCACUUUAUGCAGGAUGCUGCAAGGAAUUAAACUGUAGCGGGUUUUGUGUUACGCGUCCUUAUUACCAGGAUUUUAUAGCGUAUAGGUGGACAGUUUACAGUGGAUUUUACCUCUUUGCUUUAUAAUUACAUUCUGUCUUUUUUUUAUUAAUUUAUUUAUGUUGUGAAGUUUGUAUUUAUGGACCAUUAGAGGAUGUUAUUAUGUAGUGUUAUGAAGUUUUUUUUUUUUCCAUUUCUGUAUGCGACACGUUUAUGACUGGUGUAGCCUAGAAAGGCUCCAGCCAUACUGAUUCGGAUAUUUAAUGAUUUAUAUAAGCAAUAAUAUGCCAAACUGUCCACAUCCAAUUGAUGAUUAAGUCCUG